GCUUUGAUGAGAACCUGAAGGACCUUGCCUUGCUUUUGCAGGUCUUUCCGUGCGCCAAGGUGAUCAUGAGCUUCCGCAAGGACUUGGAAGCUCAGCUACUAUCGCAGUCCUUCGCAUUGGGUGACUACCAGUACUUCAUCACACAGCAGGCGAAUGAGGCCAUGAGAAGCUUUGCGCAGCAGCACGGUGAUGGUAGGGUCUUCAGCAUGGCUAUGGAGGACUUGAACGUCACCACUUUCAACCGUUUGUUGACCUUCCUGGGCGAGGAGCGUUGCAGAUCUGUGGCCGUGGUUCAUGACAACGAAGGACGGCAUUUUGCUACGACCUCACUGGCGCCCAAAGUGAUUGAGUGUGACAGCCGAUGAGAAAAGGGGCGGCUGGUAAUGCCAUGACGGAUCCCGGAAGUGUGGAAGGACCAUGAUCAUUCUUCCUCUGUGGCUUUGAUAUGUGGCUCAAAGAUAUGUAUCCUCC